AUGCUCUCCUGGCGCAGAAACCUCUUGGGGGGCGGGGGCCCCCUCAUUCUUUUUUGUUUGCUGCUUGACACCCGAGAGGUUGCUGCUCGCGUGUUGGAUGGCCUGGGGAGGCGGACAGGCUCCCCCCCCACCCCUGAUGCUGUGCUGAAGCUGCUGCUGCACCUGCAGCAGCCGCAGCAGCAGCAGCUGCUGCAGCAGAGAGGUAUCGAGGUAAGCAAACUCACAACAGAGAUAGCUGCAAUUGCUUUCGGGCUACCACAGCAGCAGCAGCAGCAGCAGCAGCAGAAGCCGCAGGAGCAGCAGCAACAGCAGCAGCCGCAGGAGAAGCAGCAGCAGCAGCAGCAGCAGUCGCAGGAACAGCAGCAGCAGUCUCAGGAGCAGAAGCAGCAGCCUGCGGAGCAGCAGCAGCAGCAGAAGCCUCAGGCGGAGCAGCAACCACAACCACAACCGCAGCAGCAGCAACAGCAGCAGCAGCAGCAGCAGGAGGAAGUGCAGCGUUUAGCAGCAGCAGCAGCAAAAAGUUUAAUAGAGAAGGGCCUCUCCUCCUCCCUGGGGGAGCAGCGGCUUGAGGCUGCUCUUGCUGCGCUGCAGCAGCAGCUAGCAGCAAAGGGGGUAGAUGUGCAGCAGCUCAAAGCAGCAAUUCUUAACAAAGUUAAUGAAUACAAACAGCAGCAGCAGCAGCAGCAGCAGCAGCAGCAGCAGCAGAAGCAGCAGAAGGAUGAGCAGCAGAAGGAUGAGCAGCAGCAAGACUACAGAAAGAAAUAUGAGCCGCAGCAAAAACCAGAACAGCAGCAGCAGCAGCAGCAGCAGCAGCAGCAGCAGCAGGACUACGGUCAGAAAUACCGCCAGCAGCAGGAAGAGCAGCAGCAGUACUACCGAAAGAAGUACCAGCAGCAGCAGCAGCCUGAACAGCAGCAGCAGCAGCAGCAGCAGGAGGCGGAGAAGAAGCAGCAGGCUGAGCAGCAGAAGCAGCAGCAGCAGGAAAGGGAGGAAAAGAGAAAGCAGCAGCAGCAGCAGCACGAGUCUAUACGGCGUGCGGAGAAAGCAGCAGCAGCAGCUGCUGCUAGUGCUGCUGCUGCUGCUGCUGCUGCAACAAGUGCUGCUGAAGCAGCAGCAGCAGUAGCCAAAGCCGGUAUUCAUCAACCCGAGCGUGCUGCUGCUGCAGCAGUUGCUGCUGCUGCAGCAGAAGAAGCAUCUGCAGCAGCAAGAGACGCAGCAACAACUGCAGCAGAUAUCCUACACUCGGUCAUCCCAGCAGCAGCAGAAGCAGCAGCAGAAGCAACUGAUGCAGCAGCAGCAACAGACGCAGCAGCAAAGCAGAAGCCAGCAGCAGCAGCAGCAGCAGCAGCAGAAGAGAAUGCAGAAGACAAAGCAGCAGCAGCAGCAGCUCCAAAGGAACAAGCCGCAGCAGCAGAAGACAAGGAAGCAGCAGCAGCAGCAGUACCUGCAGCAGCAGCAGCAGAGACAGCUGCUCGUGAAGCAACACAGGAACCCUCAGCAGCAGCAGCAGCAGCGCCUGAAGCAGCAGCAGCAGCAGCAGCAGCAGCAGCGCCUGAAGCAGCAGCAGCAGCAGCAGCAGCAGCAGCAGCAGCAAAAGAGACGCAGGAUAUAGAUAUGGAGGCAGCAGUAACAGCAGCAGCAGAAGCAGCAGCAAAAGGAGAAGCAGCAGCAGUAGCAGCAGCAGCAGGGACCAAAGAAGAAGCAGAAGCAACAAAAGCAACGGCAGCAACAACAGAGGCAGCAGAAGCAGCAGCAGCAAAAGAACCAGCUGAAGCAGCAGCAGCAGCAGCAGCAACUGCUGCGCCUGCUGCUCCCUCCGCAGCACCAGUUCCUGCAGCAGCAGCAGCAGCAGCAGAAGCAGCAGAAGAAGCAGCAGCACCUCCACCAGAAGCCCCAGCACCAUCAUCAGCACCAGCAGCACCAGCAGCAGCACCAGCAGCACCAUCAUCCGCACCAGCAGCACCAGCAGCACCAGCAGCACCACCACAACCAGCAGCACCAGCAGCACCACCAGCAGCACCACCAGCAGCACCAGCAGCAGCAGCACCAGCAGCACCAGCAGCAGCAGCAGGAGCAGCAGGAGCAGCAGGGAGUCGAUCAAGCGUGAGUGCAUCUUUUGAGUGUUUAUAUUUCGGCAAAGACAGCGAAGGAGAAGACGUAAAGAAGAUAGAGGAUGGAUCUAUAUCUUCUAUUGCUGCUUGUGCUGCUGCAUGCGCUGCAGCAGCAAACUGCAGUGUAUAUACAUAUAAUCUAAGGAGGAGUUGGUGCUACCUAAAGACAACCAAAGACACGCCUGUCUUCACCCCACAAAAAUCCUUCGCUGAACCACUGGUCUCCGCAGAAAGACACUGUCAACCGAAGCAGCCAGUACCCGCGAGAAGACUGCAGCAGCAGCAGCAGCAGCAGCAGCAGCAGCAGCAGCAGCAGCAGGAGGAAGAGGAAGAAGAAAGGGGAGAGGAUGUUAUGUACACGCAAGACAACAGCGGUAUACUACCAUCAGAAUACACCGAGGGGCCCCUUGAAGGGUUUGGGGCCCCCAUGGCCUAUACAGCAGCAAACCCUAGCAGCAGCAGCAGCAGCAGCAGCAACAGCAGCAGCAGCAGCAGCAGCAGCAGCGGUAAUCAUUUUGCUUCAAAGGAGGGUACAGGUGUCAUUCCACCUCUACCCCCUGCCGCAGCAGCAGCAGCAGCAGCAGCAGCAGGAGCAGCAGCAGCAGCAGCAGCAAGAUCUCUGCAGUUCUAUGGGGGGCCCCCUCCCCCACCCGGGGGAGGGUACGGGGGGGGCCCCCUAGGGUACAGAUACUGGGGGGGGGGCCCCCUACAACGCCUCAACCAGCUCGUCGAUCACCCCCUGAAGACUGUGGGGGGCCUCGUUGCUGAUGACUUGCUGGGUAUAGGGCCCGCACCCUACACGGGGGGGGCCCCCAUGGGGGGCCCCCCAGGGGGGGGCCCCCCCCCAGUAGGAGGGUUUUUAGGUGUACGUAGACUAGAAAAAGUAGAUGAUUGCUUGCUGGGGGAAUGCUGA